AUGGAGUCGUUCCUACCCCUCGGCGGCUUCCAGCUGCCGUUCCAGCGGAGGCUCAGCAGGCUUUACAAUGACACCAAGAAGCGCUCCGACUUCGUCAAGGAGCCCGUAUCAGAAGACCCCGAGAUCAAGGCAAUGCACCGGAAACUUAAGAUCCAGAAGGACAGGCUGGUCAGCUGGGGGCUUGAAUGGUCUGACCCGUCGAACCAGGUAGCCGAGAUCGACGAGUCUCUUUCCAAAGCGGGACUCAGUGACCUCGUCGGCAGCAUCAUGUCCACUAUCAAGGACAUCCUCGCCGAGGCAGAGCCAUUGUGGUUGAGUUCAAAGCGGAGGGUCGGCGGCGAAAAGGAACCAGAGAAGGCGACCGGAGACCGGAAGAUUCCCAUAGUGGUCUGGGAUAAGGCGCGCUUUGAGGACCUGAUCAAGGACCUGACAGCCUCUAUCGACACUCUGCAUGACCUUUCCCGCACGAGGUCCUCGGCUGCCACGGCCAGUCGCGCCGGCAGGCUAACCAAGUCCAUGGCUUCGACAGAGGAGCUGCGGCCCUUCGGCUCAACCCGCAUUCGUACGCCACAGCAGAUUGACCCUCGAACCCUCACAACACUUCAGUCCAUGCAGGCUGAGCCUAUCAUGUCACCCAUAUCGGAGGAAAAGCGGCCACAGGAGGUCGUCUUCAUGAGCAAACAGGCCUACUCUGAUUUGACACAUCGCCCUGGCCGCCAGCAGUGGUCGCCUCUGCUCCUUGAGUAUGCCCCAUUCGACCCCAUCUACUCGUCGACGGGUAUCAUGCCGUCCAUGUCUCGGUUUGAGAAGAUCAGCUCCGGACUUCAGACAGAGUCCCACAGAUCUCCAGGUGCAUGGAUCGGUCUGCCUCUCCUGCUUGGGUACUAUGAGGACAUGGAGAACUCGAGACUCGGCUUGGUAUACCAGUUCCCGCCCACAUUCAACCCCGUCACGUUCGAGAACCUGACCCAAAAUCCUAUCGAUAACAUGUGUACCCUCGCCGAGCUCCUGUCUCGGCCCAACUUCGAGCCCAGACUAGAGGCAAAAUUCCGGCUUGCGCACAAUUUGGCCAAUACGGUGUUCGACAUGCACGCCCGAGGAAUCACCCACGGCAACCUCUUAGAUGACACGAUAUCCUUCUGCAGUCCUGUAGGAAACGAGGCUGGAAUACAGGUUGGAGAAGUCGAUAUAAGGCGGCCUCUCAUAUCAUGCUUCGACGUCUUUGCCGACGAAGCCCCCACUCAACCCCCUUCAUCCUCAACGACACUACACAGGCAUCCUCUAGAUCCUCGAAUGAUGUCCCAGUCGCCGCUUGCCAGCAACCGAGAUUCAAAAACCCUCGAUCUCUAUUCUCUUGCCAUGAUAUUGGUAUCUAUCGGACUGUGGACCAAAUUAGAAAACCUCGUACCCAACCCAUCUUCCCCUAGUAUACCUGAAUCUGUUCUGGAGCAACUGGCCAUACGCUGCGGUACUUUGUACAUGAGGGCAGUUCAAGUCUGCUGGAAUGCAGUAGAGCAGGAGCUCACUCGCCCAGAUGCAGGUGACGAGAUUAUGAGCCAGGUACAGAUCCGUGCUAGCCGAUAUCUUGAAGCGUGCAGUAUUCUGGACGGCGUCAGCGGUCUGGAUGACCGUAUCAGCGAGGACAUUAGUGAUGUCCCAUCACUAGAGCGUGAGCGGCAACCGUCUCUGGCAUUGUCCAUGUCUUCACUAGCAGGCCCUUCAGUCGAGGCCAGGCAAUCGAGGUCUGUAGUCUCCACACCGGUAGUCUACGAACGAAAAGAACAGAUCCCCUCGGCACCUUCGUCGCUAGCACCUAGUAAGCUAUAUUUCUCGGCUUCAUACGGUGAACCUCUGCUAAUAAAAGUCCUCCCAGUUCUGAAACCGGCGGUUAACCCUCGCAAACCGGAAAACAAGAAGUGUCGUCUCUAUCCCCAAAUCUCCUUACCACCUGAGAUAAUUGACCAGUGGAACAACACGCUCAUGCCACAGGUCAAUAUGGCUCUUCGUCACUUCUGCCGCAAGCACGUGGAGUCGGUAGAGAUCACGCUCGAGUCCAUAGGCGAAUCUCCACAGAAGACAACCCCAACUGUCCUGGUUAUUUGCACAUCUGUCAGUACGGUCCGUGCGAUCUUGAAAAAGAAACUCGGAAUACUCUUUGAUGGAACCACCGGCUUCGCACUUAAGGUGUGCAGAGGUUCAGUUGUCCGUUCGAGAAAGGGGGAUACGACGAGAUCCGCAGCAGCUCCUGGGGGUGAUGGUGAUGAUAAUGACACCGAUGAGCCUGCAGCUGCCAACUCUGACUUUCAGCCACGCCCACAAAACGGAGCGAGCAUUGGCGCGUGGAUCGGUGACCGCCACUUACCCCCGGUCAGCUUUGGUGGGUUGAUCACCGUAGACCAGAAGACAUAUGGCAUGACGGUACACCACAUGCUCGACGACCAGGAGCAAAUGCAUGCACAGUCCCUGGAUACUGAGCUUGGCCCGCCACCUCUGCGUAGCAGCGCAGCAGCUCAGGACUUCUCCUACCUCGAAGCGGAAUCGUCUGCUGAGAGCAGCGGUGCCGAAGACUAUGCCUGCGAGUUCUCCGAUACCGAGUCCGACUUCUCGGCUACCGACCUUACAAGCGACGACGAAGAGGAUGACGAUGAUGACGAAUUCUCAGAGGAGGGCGACAUUCCUGGCGUGGAACCUGGUUGCGGCGAGGGGUACAUCAUCACGCAACCCGCGUUCGACGACGUCGGGGAAGGGUUCUACCCUUCGGAGGAAACACAAGAUGAAGACCACUUGGACACAUACCGUCUUGGCGAAGUAUAUGCGUCCUCCGGGAUCCGAAGACGUCACGAGUCAAAUGGCUACAUCCAUGAGGUAGACUGGGCGUUAUUCGAGUUCGAGGAGGAAAGAUUCCCAGACGACAACUACGUCCCACGGAUUGAUACACCGGAGCAGGCGUCUGAGACAUCCACGGCGCACUUUCAACCAACAGCCAUUGCCCAGUCUGCGGAGCUCCCAGGGCUGGAAGUUCAAUGCAGUGCUCGCACAAGCGGGCUACAGACGGGCAAAAUCCUCCAGGCGAUUGCAUCCAUCAAGAUUUAUGGGCGUACAUCGCUGAGUCAGACUUACCAGGUCAGCAGUAAAGCGUCCAGUUCUAACGUACCAGCACUGGGCUCCUCUAAGGCGCCUACAGACGUUGUGCGAAGCAUCCCAGGCGUCGCUCUGGGGAUUCCAGGCGAUUCGGGAGCUUGGAUCAUCGACCGACAGAAAGGUAGCCUGUGUGGUCACGUACUGGCUUGGAGCCAGAGGAAGCAGGUUGCAUACAUCUGCCCCAUGGACAUCUUGGUGAGAGACAUUGCUGAGACCUUGGAAGCGUCGGAAGUAUGUCUUGGUGGUGAGCGGGUCUUUGAGAAAGGGUCUGGCAGGAUCGAGGAAGCAUACGAUGAUGAGGAUCUGAGCGACCUCAUCGAGGAUGAGGACGACGGAGAGGAUGAGGCAGAAAUUGAGCCGAAGCAAAAGCAGCAUCCUGCCAGACAAACAUCGUCAAGGACCGUUGGAUCCCUGGGCGCCAGUCUGGAUCGGCUGCACCUGGAGCGCGGUCUCGUCUCAUGA